UGGUGAAAUAAAAACUUUAUUCAUCCUUCAUGCACUGAGUACUGCCUGAAAAUGUACAGAAGCACUGAACCUUAUUGUUGAGCAGAAAGGGCUUUUUGCCUUCAGCUGCUGCUAAAACCGUACUGGAGGCUUUUUUUUUCUGUGGCUGCUUUUCAUGGUGAUUAUCCUGUCGCUUUCGCCCAGCGAAGAAAGUUUCCAAAGAGCAGGGUUUGUACUUCAGAAUGGGCCAGAUGGUACAAAACAGGAGGCGUCUUUAUGUGUGGCUGGAGAGAUUAGCUCCAUUGAGCCUCAGAUACUGAGCAAGCCCAGCAGCUGCUGCACCUGGUUUCUUUCUCAGUAAGAUGUUACACUGGAAGACGUUGAACUUCGUUACGGCCCCAGCGAACUCAGCCUGGCUGUUUGAUUGCCUCGGGCGAGAGAUCUGCCCCUCCUCGUGCACAAACUGAGCGUGGCUGAGCACCCCGUGUUAGACCAUCACGGACAGGAACAUGUUGCCAGCAGUCCAGCAAGCCAAAGGAAUUUCUCAGAGUUGGAAUAAUGAAAGUAGACUCUUCUCUACCACCUCUUUUUCCCUUUUGGUGUGUCUGUGGCACUCGGGCAAGACGUCGAAUGAUGAAGGCGAAUAUUUGUCAGGCUGUCAGGAACAGCUGCUGGUUCAGUCUGUGAAAUGGAAAUGGUUGGUUCAGGGCAGAGGCGAUGCUUCCAGCACCCGCUACGCUGCUGGCUGCACGAACCGAAAUUCCGAACCGUUAAAGAGGCCACUGCUCGAACAGCGCAGGUUUGGUUUGGGCGUUCCUGUUAUUCUGAGAAACUCGGAAGAAACAGAAUCCAGCACAAGAGUACUGAAAAAGCGGAUGAGACAAGUGAAGAAUCCUUUUGGGUUAGAAAUCUCACAUCCCGGCACAGCUUCAGUAACAAAGGGAAUAACGCUGACACCUGACUGUCUGGAAGACUGUGUUCUUACCUGCUACUGGGGCUGUAAUGUUCAAAAACUCCAUGAAGCGUUGCAGAAACACGUCUACUGCUUCAGAAUAAAUACUCCUCAGGCGCUAGAGGAUGCUCUAUACAACGAAUACCUCUAUCGACAACAGUACUUCAUCAAGAAAAAUGAGAAGGAAGAAAAAUAUUGUCAGUUACCGGAAGACGCCCAAGUUGUCGAUUUUGGCCCAGUGCCUAGAGCUCGCUACCCAUUGAUUGCACUGUUGACGUUAGCUGAUGAAGAAGACAGGGAAAUAUAUGAUAUUAUUUCAAUGGUGGCUGUAAUUCAUAUUCCUGAUGAGAGCUACAGACUUUCCUGCAGAAUAUUAUAUCAGUAUCUACUUCUAGCUCAAGGUCAAUACCAUGAUCUUAAGCAGCUCUUCAUGUCUGCAAAUAGUACUGCACCAUCUUCGUGCGAUACCUCCCUAGGUGAGAGAAGCAUCGACAAAAGCUUGCUGGAAAAGGCUGGACUGGCUGAAGAUGAGCCAGAAUUGCAUGAAGAAAACAGUAAAGACUGUGUCGUGUGCCAGAACGGCCCAGUGAACUGGGUACUCCUACCCUGCAGACACACGUGCCUGUGUGAUGGUUGCAUUAGGUAUUUUCAGCAGUGCCCAAUGUGUAGGCAGUUUGUUCAAGAAUCUUUUCCACUGUGCAGUAAAAAGGAGCAAGAUGAAGAUGAAUCAACCCAGAUCUUGGAAGAUGUUCUUCCUGGGAGAGUCUUUUAACGGGGACAAAAAUAGAAGAACUGGGUUGUAUGCACCGAGGUUAAAUGCAGAGAACAGACUGUUUAUGGGAGGAUAUGUAGCAUUAACUUGUAGGGUUUUGCUUUUCAUUGCUAGGUAAUUUUCAACUUCCUUAUAUGUCUUCGCUCCAUAUGCUCACAGGAUCGCUACAUUUAUCUGUGCAAUGUGGACAGAAGAAGUGCGUAGGAGAUCUUUGAAGGAUGUGAUUAUUUUUGUAACUUCUUACUAGUUUUUCAUGGAGUACUAUUGCAGGCUGUUUUGAUUACUAAGUUUAGUUUACUGAAAAAAGAAUAAAACUUGCAAGUGAAGUUGAAAUGCACGCAGCUCAUCGAUAUUCAUUGUAUUUAAAAUAUUAGAGCAACGUUUUAAUUCACUAUAAUUUAGCAACCUAGCACUUUACAGAUUGUAACUAAUGAAGGAAAGGAUAUAUUGUUAAACCCGUGUAUAUUUAUUUUGCAGACGAAGGCUGGACUGUGACAGGAGCUGGAAGUUGAAGUUGUUCAGGACACUGUUUAUGUCAGUUUUGAAAGUGUGUGUGUGUGUGUGUGCAUGCGUGGGGGACCUGAGCCAAAGCCUGUUUGAAUGAGUGGAAAGGUUUUUGUUGAUAAUUGUUGGCUUGAACUGAACCUUGCUGACACUUCUAAGCCUGAGCCACUGCUGUGUCCUCUUGAGACAGACUGUCAAUCUUGCUGGCAGUGGCUGCAAGAACUUUUUCUCCAUGCAAAUGUUAAUUAAUCUGUGGAGUUGUUACUUGGGCAGCUCUGCUGUGCUAUUCUUACCUGAGUAGCCUGCUUUGGGGAAUUUCCAACUCUUUUCACUUGCAUUGUCAGAUGAGAUGAAAAGUUGACCAUUUACGUUUUCUUUUAUCAAUAGUCCCAGGAAAUUUGCGUACUCUAAUAAAGAAAGAAAC